GGGGCGUAAAAUUGACAAAGCCAAGAACGUCGUCUACCCCGUUGUGCUCACUGGUCAAUGAAUCUGUCGAUUUGGCAUGGAGGUGAUAGCGGAUCCUGGGCCGAGUGAUCCUUCUGUCCUGACACUGCAGGCCUCACACAGGAGUGAGGAUGUUUGGCUUGGCAUGGAUGUGCAGGUUGAUAGGUGCCGCGAGCAUCUGCGGGGUUUGUCCCAUUUACAUGUCGACCCCAGAGUCCUAGCAUAUGUUCGUGCAGCAGGUUUUUUUACACUGCACAGGUUAGUGGCUACUGUGCCUUUAGAUAGAGCCCUCCUCACUGCUCUACUUGAGCGUUGGAGGCAGGAGACACAUUCAUUUCACCUACCUGUUGGUGAGGUCACUGUGACAUUGGGAGAUGUGGCUGUACUGACUGGGUUAGAGGUUGAUGGGAGAGCUGUUACAGGCACUGCUUGUCGACAGUGGGUGGAUGAGUGUGAGAGGUUGUUAGGCAUCCGCCCCGUUCUUAGGGCUGACCUUCAGGGGUCAUCUCUUAGGAUGCCAUGGUUGAGGGAGCACUUCCAGGCCCUUCCUCCCGACGCUGAUGAGAUGAUCAUCCAGCAGCAUGCUCGGGCGUAUAUAUUGAUGAUGAUGGGAGCCUCCAUUUUCGCUGACAAGAGCGGAAAUGAGGUUCAGGUGCUACACCUGCCUUUGCUGGAGAGGUUUGAUGUAGCAGCACAGUUUAGCUGGGGUAGUGCCACCCUGGCUUAUCUCUACAGGCAGCUGUGUCGCGGGUGCCAGAGAGGGAGCACAGAGCUGGGGGGAUUUUUGCUACUCCUCCAGAUUUGGUCAUGGGAGUAUAUCCACAUUGGCCGUCCCAUUAUAGUUGGAUAUCAUGGCAUUGAUGGACAGCCACUGCCUGAUGAGCCUCCACGUCUGCUAGGACCACAUCAUGUACGGGGCGUGGACCCUCUAGGCCGUCGGUGGCUAUAUGCUGGUUUAUCUCGCAUGUCAUCCGCUACUGGUCUCGGUGUGUACAGGGAUGCAUUGGAUCGGAUGUCAGAGGACCAGAUCACAUGGAUGCCGUAUAGACCUGAUAUGUUAGCAGAGUUGCCCCCAGCUGGACGAGAGCAGACUCACAUAUGGCGAGCACGUGUGCCGCUGAUAUGUUUUGACAUUGUUGAGCUUCAUUUGCCUGAUAGAGUCAUGCGACAGUUUGGGUUUGAGCAGGUCAUUCCACGUCCUAUCGACACUUAUGUAGAGCUGCAUAAGCUGGAUAGGCGUGGGAAACAUACAGAGGAUUGGGCACUCAGACAUGUCCGAUACGUGACUAUGUGGGAUAGGAGAGCUGAGCUAGCCGUGGCUGGGACACCCACAUAUGUGCCAUCAGUUUCAGGAGAUUACAUGGGAUGGUACUACAGCAUCACUCGGUUGUUUGUGUCUCCUUCGUUCAGACUCCCUACUCAUCAUUAUCAGCCUAGCUCAUUGGCAUUGCAUCUUACGACCCGAGCUUUGCAGCGCAUACAUCAGCGGGCUACUGCCACUGUGACUGAUAUUCCUGAUGUGGACAUGUAUGGACAGACUCUGACAGGCAUUGCCUCGUUAUGCUCAGAUGUCUUGGGUCGAGUAGACUACGGACAUCUUAUACACAUGCCCGCAUCUCAGGAGAUGGCAUCCACGUCUAGUGCAGCCGCGGGUUCAUCAUCCCAGACGCAACAUGAGAGAGUGGUUCUUCAACCACGACAACGCCGUAGGCGUAGACAUGAGCAGCAACAUCUCCAUGACGAAGCUGAUGAUGGGAACUUGUAGUUUGUCUUUUGUAUUAUAGUUUUUCUUAUGCAAUAGAUGUUGUAGGAACAAUUUACAAGUUUUGAUGUAUUUUCUCUUGUUAAGUAUUCUAUGUUGUAUUGAUGUGUUCGAGUAUGAAUAUUACAUGAUUAUUUGUUAUGGCAUAUAUGAUGAUUGAACUGUGUUAUACCGG